AUGACGGCGCAAGCGCACGGACGUGAGCUACCGCUGCGCGCACGAAUACGUGUGCAGCCAGUUCGUACGGCUGCGAAAGAGGCGGAGCGCGAAGUGCGCCAGAAGCGGGGCGCUGUGCUGGCCCGCCAACGUCGGCUUCGACGCCUCCUGGACAUGGGCGCCGCAUGUUUCCCCCUAGACCGCGAGCAGGCCCAUGCCAUGGGCGGGGCGGGCGAGACCGCCGAAUCGGCCAUUGAGCAUGUCAUGUUGCAAUCGGCGUCCGAUGCUCAGGCUCCCCCGGUGGCCGUGGACAAACAACUCCACCGUACGUCGCCGGCCGUACGUCGCCUCCUCUCGUCGCGACGGGGCGCGAAUGCUCUCCUGGACGAAGCGAUAUCGCUGGGCCAGCUAGCACAGAUACCCACCUUUACCAUCCAUGCCCCCACGUACAAGGCACGGCCCUUAUGUAGCGUCUGUGGCUAUUGGGGCGACAUCAAAUGCAUGGCCUGCCUGGAGCCAUGCUGCAGCAAGCUGUGUGUCCAGACGCACGCGGAAACGCGAUGUGAACGGCCUAUGUGGUAG